CAAUUCAACUGUAAUUACGACACGACUACUGAGAAGGUAAGGGACACGUUAAACAUGGCGGAAGCCGUUGUGGACGGGAGUCCAAUGUCCCGAUUUUUUUGCCAUAAAUGCAGCGUCGAAAUUGAGCGUUUAUUGCCAAAUUACACGUGUCCACGAUGCGCAUGUGGAUUUAUCGAAGAGCUGGAAAGUAGCAGCAAUGAGGGUAGUUCAGGCAUGGAUGUGAAUAGCGAAGAUCUGAGCGAUGUAGAUGUCGAUAUCUUAGGAUACAAUCCACAGCGCUCCGAACGUGACCUAAUAGAAAUGAUAAUGGGACUUUCAAAUACAUAUACCAAUCAACAAUCAAGUACCAAUCAACAAUCGAACACAGGCAACAGAAACUAUGUGCUUGGAAGUAGAAGAAGAUCUAAUUGGUCUCGAUCUUCUCAAGAUGGGCGUCGUACCAGCAGCAAUCGCAGAAGACAAGAGAGCCUACAGGUACCUAUAGAGAAUUUCAUACAAGAUUUUAUCUUCAAUCUUUCUGGAGCAGCAAGUCUAGGCAACUCUGUAGGACAAGAAGCACAACCCUCUGUAUUCAAUGUUAGACUGUUCUUGGGAAAUCCUGGAGAUUAUGUUUGGGGUCGCGAUGGAUUAGAUGCUAUUGUUACCCAAUUAUUGAAUCAAAUGGACGGUACCGGACCUCCACCUUUACCGCGCAAGCAGAUUGACGAAAUACCUACGACAACUAUAUCGCAAAGUCAAGUUGACUGUAAGCUACAAUGUUCCGUUUGUUGGGAAGAUUUCAAGCUAUCGGAACCGGUUAGACAGCUACCUUGUCAGCAUGUUUAUCAUGCACCAUGCAUUAUACCUUGGUUGGAAUUACAUGGAACUUGUCCCAUUUGCAGACAAAAUUUGGGAGAUCAGAACUCAGUUGAAGCGAAUCAAGAUACUGGACCUAACUUAGCCGGCAGUGCUUUGGCCGGAUCCAGUUUUGCCGCUUUAUUCAGGGCAGCAAAUGAAGCAAAUCGGACAGGGCAACCAAUCAGUCGAACAUCGUCUUCUUCAUCAUCUACUUCAUCAGAGUAAAAAGCUCCAAGUUCUUGUUCAAGUGAGAUUUGACAGCGAUUAUUUUUCUUUUUAUUAUUCUGUUUCGUAAUUUGUUUCGAUCAUUUCCACACAUCAUUUUCAACACACUCUGAUAUUUUUGACAUUUUUUUGCUUUAUAACAAGGCAUAUAUCCCUUUAUAGAUGUCUCUUAACUAUAUUUAUUACCAAUUUUAAACCAUGUCACAAUUAAUUAAUAUUGUUCCACUAUAAAGUGUUUAAAAAAUUAAAAACCGUCUUGUUUUACACUCAAUAAAUUGUAUAAUAAAUAGACAUCAGCCAAAAUAGCAAAAUCACAGAUCAGAUUAGUACAUAUUUCAGUUGUGUUGAAAUUAAAUUGGGUACUGUAUUGUCUUAUAAUUUUUAGUAAUUCAAUCAUUUGUAUGUUUAGUAUAUGUAAAUAACUUAACUUUGGAAUAUGCCAGACAUUGAUGAAUUGUACAUGCUAUUAUGUCUCAGGUAAAAGGAAAAGAGGAACUUUCACUUUAUAAUCUAAUUCUGACAAAACACUGAAGACGCAACCUACGUAAUUCUAUUUAUUAGGCAUUGCUUAUACAUGGGCAGUUUCAUUUUAAGUAGCAUCUAUUCAAACGAACUCAAAACAGAUCUAUAUAGAAGAUAUGUAUGUUAUGUGUGUGAUACUUAUAUAAAAAUAUAAUUUUUACAUCGCUAUGUGUGCGUAAGGCUCAGUAAAAUCGAUAGCCUAUAAUAUAACUUGUACAAAUGAAUUUAAAAAUUCGCAAUUUAGAAACAAGCUGAUAAAUUCAAAUGAUAAAUGCAGUCCGAUAUAUAUUGCGAUAGAUAUCGUGAAUUUUUUAAACAAAGAAGCUUAUUGAGAAAAAGUAGAAAUUCCCCCUCCCCCCAUCUCUCUCUCCCCCUCUCUGUAGAAAUACACUUAUAUAUUCACACUGAAUAUACAAUCAACAGUCUAACAGAAUAUUUUAAAAAGCUGCUGGAAUUAACAUAAAACAUUGAUGGAGUUA